AAGAGAAGAGGCCAUCUCUCGUCUCCUCUCUCGCACGUCACGCACGAAAAAUCAAUUCAAAUCCUCUCUCUCUCUCUCCCUUCUCUCUCUCUGCAAUGUCGUCCGGCGGAGGCGUCGCGGUCGUCGACGGCGCGCAGCUCGGAGACGUCGACCUCUCCCUCCCCGACCACCUCGCCGCCGCCCCCCUCACCGGCGCUCAGGUGAUCGAGCUCGCGGAGUCCAGAGUUAGCGACCGCCUGUACGGCAUCGCGUUGCCGGAGACCAUCAGGUCCACCGCUCUCGGCCGCGUCGGCGGCGGUUUCCAAGGAGCGGAGCUGGACGGGGAUCAGGCCGCGGAGAAACUCAGGGAGUACGUCGCCGCGAUCGCCGAUGCAUUGAAAGAUGAUCCCAUUGUUGUAUCAAUUUUGGAUGGGAGUACUAUACAGAUAUAUCUAGAGGAUGAAGAUGAUUUUGCAAUGUUAGCAGAGAAUCUCUUCACAGAACUAGAUGCUCAAGACACGGGAAAGAUCAAGAAGAGUGAGAUUAGAAGAGCUCUUGAUCACAUGGGAGUCGACAUGGGCGUUCCUCCACCUUCAGAGCUACCCCUGCUUAGUGACAUCUUGAAGAAACAUGGAGCUGAAGGAGAAGAGGAAGUGGGCCAAGCACAAUUUGCGGAAGUACUCCAGUCUGUUCUACAUGAAGUAGCAGAUACCCUGGCUGAAAAGCGCAUCGUUUUCACUCAUAAUGCGAAGGUUGUCAAUGGUUCUAAGAUCAGAAAGCUCUUGAGCAAUGAAAAGCAACUGAUGAAUGUCACAGAGAAGAUCUUGGAGGGGAAUCAUGAAAAAGAUUGCGUUGAAACAGUUAGGAAGUAUCUGGAGAAAAAUGGUGCCGAUAUGGGACUGCCGCCACCGGACGUUGAAGAAGCAGUUGCACUUUACAAUGCAGUAUUUUAUAGUGCUGCUUACGAUAAGAGUGUUUUGGAAUGGAGAAAGGACGAAAUCAGGGAAAUUGUGAAGGACAUCUUGGAGAAGUUUGCGGAGCAACUCGAAACCGAUCCUGUUUGUGUUGAUCUUGGCAAUUGAGGGAGAAAUGUGGUGAGAAAUGCAGUGAUGUAUAGUAUUUCUCGGUGAUGCGGCUCAUCCAGUCAGCAUUACCAAUGACCAUUUUGCUCUCACCCUGCUAGAUACCGUCUUCAUGUACCUUCUGCAGACAGCUUCAUUACUUUCUUGGCCACUCCUGACCCCUCCUCAUGGCCAUGGUCACCUUAUGUAAUUUAUGUCAUGGGAUACAAUGAGGGAUUGAGAUGCCGAAUAACAGUUCAGUUUCGGUUCGGACAUUUCUUUUUUCACUAAUUUGCGCGUUGCAGAUAAGCUUUUCUUC